AUGGCCAUGCCCACCUGUGGACCAUCAGACGUGCAACAACUGUCUGAUCUCAAGGAUCAUCAAAUGAUCCAUACUGGAGAAAAGCCACAUCAGUGUUCUGAAUGUGGAAAAACCUAUAGCAGAAAGUAUAAUCUCAUGAAGCAUCAGUUGAUCCAUAUUGGAGGAAAGCCACAUCAGUGUUCUGAAUGUGGAAAACACUUUGGUCAAAUGUCUGAUCUCAAGAAGCAUCAAAGGAUUCAUUCUGGAGAAAAGCCACAUCAGUGUUCUCAGUGUGGAAAAUAUUUUGCUCGAAAGGCUUAUCUCAAGAUACAUCAGAGGAUCCAUACCGGAGAAAGGCCACAUGAGUGUUCUGAAUGUGGAAAGGUAUUUAUUCAAAAGUGUAAUCUCAGAGAACACCAGAGAAUUCACACAGGAGAAAAGCCACAUGAGUGUUCUGAAUGUGGAAUGGCAUUUGGACAAAAGUCUGCUCUAAGAACACACCAGAUAAGCCACACAGGUGAAAAAACCCAUCAGUGUUCUCAAUGUCAAAAAACCUUUGCUCAAAUAUCUAAUCUGAAGGCACAUGAGAUGAUCCAUACUGGAGAAAAGCCAUAUCAGUGUUCUCACUGUGGAAAGACCUUUACCCAAAAGGUUAAUAUGAAGAAACACCAGAAGAUCCAUUACGGGCAGAAUCCGUAA